GAAGAGCACCUACAAGGAGCUAUUCAUGAUGUCAGACUAUACUUGGUUUGAAGGAAUAGCUUUUCCAGCAGUAGGGUUUGGAAAAGAAAUUCUGGAAGAUGUUCGUAAUAAGUUUGUAUUGAAAGAAGAUGACUUGAUCAUAUUGACUUACCCAAAGUCAGGAACAAACUGGCUGGCUGAGACUGUCCGCUUGAUUCAGACUAAGGGAGAUCCCACGUGGUUCCAAUCUGUGCCCAUCUGGCAGCGUACACCCUGGCUAGAAACUGAUAUAGGAUAUCCUAAAUUAAUAAAUAAGGAAGGACCACGACUCAUGAACUCUCAUCUUCCUAUCCAUCUAUUCCCCAAGUCUCUCUUUAGUUCCAAGGCCAAGGCUAUCUAUCUCAUCAGAAAUCCCAGAGAUAUUCUUGUUUCUGGUUACUUUUUCUGGAGUAAGGCAAAACUUGGGAAGAAUCCAGAGUCACUGGGGACUUAUUUUGAAUGGUUCCUCAAAGGCAAUGUUCCGUUUGGAUCAUGGUUUGAGCAUGUCCGUGGCUGGCUGUCCAUGAGAGAAUGGGACAACUUCCUGGUGCUCUACUAUGAAGACAUGAAAAAGGAUACAAAGGGAACCAUAAAGAAGAUCUGUGAGUUUCUAGGGAAAAAAUUAGAGCCUGAUGAGAUGGAUCUAGUCCUCAAGCACAGUUCCUUCCAAGUCAUGAAAGAAAUUAACAUGAUCAAUUUUAGUAUCAUCGGCAAAGAUGUAUUUCCUAAUGGCCUGAACCUCAUGAGAAAAGACUCAAGAAAAAUAUCUUUUAUUGUCUCUGGAGACCUGGUUUGUCAUCAUUACCUGGGAGACUCAAUCAUUCAAGCACAACUGGGGACUGGAAGAAACAUUUCACAGUAGCUCAAGCUGAAGCCUUUGAUAAAGUAUUCCAGGAGAAAAUGGCUGGAUUCCCUCCAGGGAUGUUCCCAUGGGAAUAAAUUUUCAAAAAUUUAAAUAUUAUAUGAACACUGAUGUUUAUGUUCCUGUUGUUCUAUAUGUGAAUAACUGAAUGUGGUCAUAAAAUAAACCCUGUUGUGGAAUUGUGAAUGCAAUUUUUUAAAACAUAGAGUUACUAAUACUACUAUAUGAACACUGAUGUUUACAUAUCUGUUGCUAAAUAUGUGAAUAACUGAGUGUGGUCAUAGAAUAGAUCCUGUUGUGUAAUUGUGAAGGUAUUUUUUUUUAAAACAUAGUGUUACUAAUACUAAUAGUAGCAACAGUAGUGGUAGUAGUAGUAUGUAUACUUUUGUGUUUAUAGUAUCUUCAGAGGUGAGAAUGAUGAAUUGCUUCCAUGGGACCUGAAGUUGCAUGUAGCUGUAAACUUCUUCUUGGGGUCCUAGAAACUGAUCUCAGGUCCUCUGCCUAUGCAAUACAGUACAACUAAUAUAUCUCUAUCUUUGAAAGUCAUUUCAUCAGCCUAGAAUCAUAGAGUCUUGAGUCAUCAAAUAUUUCCUACUUUGAUUGCUAUUUUGUUGUGUAUUAUAAGCACAUUCCAAUUUACUUCAUAGAAUUCAAACUUGAAAACAUUUUAUUUUUAUUUAAAUUAGUCAUUUAUUUGGGGGUUUUCUUUACUGAGAUUGGACAUGACAAAAGGCUCUACAUGUGAAUCUAUGGAAAUUAAACAAGUAUUAAUCAGUAUUUAUAAAUUUAUCAUACCGUGCAUGAAUAUCAGCUUAAUUAUUUGCUGAAGAAAAAAAAUAUAUAUGCUUAAAUAUUUUCUUUUUCUUUUUUUUCAUUUAUUUAUUUAUUCACUAUACAUACUGAUUCCAGCUGCUUCCCUUCUCUCAUCUCAAAUCCAUACUCACAACUUCCUCCCUCCAUGCCUGCUCCUAUUCUGCUAAAGGAUACUGAGUACCUCCAACCCUUGAGGGCAAGUGAGAUGUUAUGGAAAUGUCCUGGAAGCAACUCUUUAGAAGAAAUAGCUUUGAUGUAGUUGAGGUGGAAUCAAACACUAAGCUGGAAUGGAAGGUCCCAGAAUCUCGGCAUCCCAGGGCAUAAACCUUGUCAGGCUUGCCUUCCUUCUCCUUCAUUCUGCAAUAUAUAAACCUUACAAGUAACACAUAGCUCUAUAAUGGCAUUCAUGUGGAAGGUGUGAGGAGCGCAGAUCAGUUGAUGAAGAUCAAUAAAGAAAGACAAGUGUCUUCCUUUAGAAGUUAUUUUGAUCAUAUAAUCAAACUAAGAUAUAAAUUUCUAUUCAUGCGGUCUUAAAGAUUGUAUGUAACAAUAAGUCAUGAAAAAUUUGUAUCCUAUAGGUGUUGUUGGCUGUAUAUAGUCAUUUAAAUCUCAGCUGGUUCUAGAGCUGUCUCUGUGUACAGAGAUAUGUACAUCACCACAUACACAUGACUUAGUCUUUUGAUCUUGUUAGUCUCUUUCUUCUAGUCUAUAGGCAAGUUCUUUGGGAUGUCUCUCAUUGUCAUCUCUGACAUUUAUCAAUUUGCAAGGAACCCAUAGUUUUUCUUUCCUUGUGGAAAUAUAGGCAUAAACCAAUGCCUAGAAUAACACAUUACUCAUUUUCCAUUUUGAUGACUGAAUAUCCUUAAAAUAAGCACUUUAGUUAGUUUAGCAUUUUUUUCCAUAUUCCAAUGUAUUUUAGCAGCCAUAGUUUUUUGUUCAUUAGCAUUUUCAAAAUGUAAGAUUAAUAAAGCAAUAUGUAAUCUAUCUCCAGGGGUUUUUGUUGUCCACUUCUGCCUGUUAAGCAUCUCUUUUAGAUACAAUUAAGUCUCUCUACAAUUGCAUGUCCUUUAGAAUUAUGUGAUAUUACUGUAACCUGGUUUAUCUUAUAAUAUGCAAAAACACCUGUUUCAUUUCAUUAGAGACAUAUGUCUGACAGUUGUCCAUUUUAAUUUAUAUGGCUACUCCCAUCAUGGUCAUAGCUUCUGACAAAUUUAUAACAUCAAAAUCAGCCUUCCCAGAUGCUAAGGCAAUAGUCCAUUGAAAUCCUGACUAUGUGUAUAUAGUAUGAUGCACAUAUAUCACUUUAUCAAACUCUGUAAAAUGGAACAUACUCUUUUGCCAAAUUUUAUUUCUUUGGAUAACUUUGAGGUUACUUCCUGUAGGUAAUGGAGUUUAGUUAUAAAAGGAACAAGUAGGACAGUGCCUCACAAUUUUCUUGUCUUGUUGCCAAGUAAUAGAGAAUUAUUUCCUUAAACCUUUUAUGUUACCAUGUUUUUUAUUUAUGUAUGAAAUUCUUAAGCUUCUCACAACCUUUCUUUCAAAAGCUGGUCAAUUUCAUUAUUAACUUGUGCCAGAUGACCUUGCAGACCUGUAUGGGGUCUUAUGUGUAUUUUAUGUAUAGUGAAUGACUUCUAUUUCUGAACGCUUGUUGUAGCUGAGUAACCAGUGGAGUCAAUUCAGAAUCACCGUGAAUUAGUUCAGCAGUAUCUAUGUAUAAAACAACACUUUCUGCAUAUUGAGAGUCAGUUAUCAUAUUAAAAGACUAUUAAAAAAAUCUGACAGUACCAUGAAUAUUGUAUAUAAUUCAAAUUUUUGAACCAACUUAUAGGAACUCUCAGACAACUUACUUACAUAUUCUGAUUUAUAUCUUGUCUUUCUUGAUUUAUUAGUAUCAGUGUAAAAUGUACGGGCUCCAGAAUUUGGAAUUUUUUAUUUAUUAUACAAGGGAGAAUCCAAUUAGUUCUUUUAAAGAACUGAAGUCAGUUGUUUAUAAAUUGCCUGUUAUUAAACUCUCCCAAGAAAUUA